AUGUCCUCACCAUCAACAGUUUUUAAUUUCGAUGCUCGCGAGCAGAAAAUCGUCAAAGUUAUUGUUUUCAAUGAUCGUGCCGAAAUAAAACGAAUCGUUAAAUCUACCUUGAAACCUGGAUUCAAUGAAUUGGUUUUGAAGAAUGUGACAAGUUGCUUAAUUCACGAUUCAUUGAGAGUCGAAGGAAAAGGGAAUGCGAAGAUUCAUGAUGUUAUUGUUAAAAAUGAGCCAGUUCUCACGGAAGACAGUGAUUCGGAGCAACUUUCGGUGCUCAGAAAUGUUAUGCAGGAAAAAGAAGCAGUUUUGAAUGCCCUUAAGGAUCGUAAAAAUAUUUUGGCAAAACGAUUGGAAGCAUUGAAUUUGAUGGUUGCACAAAUUGGAUCUGGAGUUGUAAAUCCACCAAAAGGAGAAGGCAGUUUUGAAUUGAAUGAUACAACUUUAUCAAAUAUCGACAAGUUUUUUGAUUUCUAUAGUCAAAAAGCGGAAGUUCUUGCAAUCGACGGAAGAAAUCUUGAUAAUGAAAUCCAAAAAGCUAACGAAGCCGAGCAAAAAGCGAGAAAUGAUUUGAAUCAACACGAAAAUGGAAAAAGAUAUCAAUACGCAACCAAUGCUUAUAUAACUCUAGAAGCCGGAGCUGAAAUCUCGAUCGAACUUGAUGUGAUCUAUCAAGUCCAUAAUGCCAGUUGGACACCCUCUUAUGAUAUUCGAGUAGAUACUGAGAACUCGAAAAUGAACUUGAGCUAUUUCGGAAAAAUCAGACAGCAUACUGGAGAAGAUUGGGUUGAUGCUCCACUUGUUUUAUCUACUGCUAAACCAUCACUUGGUGGUAGAAUUCCUGAAUUGGGAGCUCUUGAUGUGCAAUUUUAUGUGGAGAGGCCACGAGUUCAGAAUUUCAUGGAGAGAAGAAUGAAACCCAUGAUGAUGAGAGCGUCAGGGGCUGGACUUUUCGGAGCGGCACCACCACAAGAAUUGAGAGUUGAAGAAGAUAGUAGAAGUCUAGAUGUUGCGGUUGCUUCAGAAGUAACACAAUCUGCAUUAAGCACAGAAUUCAAAAUUUUGCGAGAAGCAACUAUUCCAAACUCCACUGAUGAGCACAAAGUUACAAUUGGAAUUGUAAACCUUAAUCCACAACUUGUUCAUCAAACAGUUCCAUCAAAGAAUUCAUCUGCAUUCCUAACAGCUUCUGCAAUCAACACAUCAGAUCUUGCAUUCCUCGCUGGUCAAGCUUCAAUCUACCUCGAUAAUGCUUUCAUUGCCAAAACAUAUCUCAAAGAUGUUUCACCAGGAGGAAGAUUUGAUUGUUCGCUUGGAGUUGAUACUGGAAUUCGAAUCGAAUAUAAACCAGCAAAGAAAUAUCAUCAACAAGCUGGUUUUAUCAAUAAACAAUCAACAAAUGUCACCGAACAAACAAUUGUUAUCAAAAAUACACGAGCAAAUGCACCAAUUUUGAUCACUAUGAAACAUCAUAUUCCAAGAAGUGUUGAUGAAAAAAUCAAAAUCAAUUUGAUUACACCAACAGCUACACCAUUCAAUGCGGGCGAAGAAUCGAAUAAUGAAGUUGUUUUGCCUUCAGAAGGUGCAAAACUAAACUCAUUGAAUAAUUUGGAAUGGACUGUCAAAGUCGCACAAAACAGUUCGCAAACUUUAUUGAUCAAAUAUACAAUUGAUCAUCCAAAAGAUGAAAAAAUCGAGUUCCAGGAGAAAUUUUAA